AAACAAAUUCAGAAUGCUCAAGUUUGCGCUGCUAUUUUCACUUGUGGCUUGGAAUUCGAUCGGUUCUCUGAGUGGAUUACAAUCCGUGUGCCUGCUGGAAGACCCGAUAAAUCAAUGUGGCAACUUCUGCAUGACAUCACUGGCGCCCAUGUUGAAUCACAUUCGUCAGCACCAAGAUGCGUGGGCCGCCAAUGAUCACUUGAUAAAGAAAACGGAGGAAAGACUGAACAGGAUUGAAGGCCUACUGACCGCGUUGAAGUACUUGAGGCAGAAAGGCCCAGAGGAUACCUGGCCGCAGGAUUUCAAGGCCAGGCUGGACAGGCUGGAAACUCAGCAGGGCGAUCUGUUGAAAAAACUGGACAAAUUCGAUAGAAAAAUCGUGCCACCCAAGUUCGAACUGAUUGGUUCAAGGUUCUUCUACAUCGAGGGAGAAACUCGAAAGAAUUGGUCCGCUGCUGCAAACACCUGUCGGCAAAUGGGCGCUCAACUGGCAGUUAUUCGAAAUGAAGAGGAGUGGAAGGCCCUCAAGGCGAAACUACCAAGGAAUCUCAUCUAUUGGUUGGAUCUUAAUGAUCUGGAAACCGAGGGGGAGUUCAAAUCUUCAGCCACCGGUAAGCUGGCUCCUUUCUUCAAGUGGAGAGCUGGACAGCCCAACAAUUCUAAUGGCAGUCAGCACUGCGUGGACAUCUUGGACGGACUUAUGUACGAUAACAAAUGUGAAAGCCUGAGCUAUUUCAUUUGUCAGUCAGACGAUGGCAGUUUGAACUAAAUGGCUAAAAAGAAUGUUCUUUAGGACCCGAUAAGCCGCAUCAAUAAAUAUAGUCAACGAAGAAUUUUAUUACUACAUGUGCGGCUUCCCAUAAAUUCAAUUAGUUAAAUUGUUUGGAAAAAA